UUUUAUUCAUUCAUCGCUAACUGUCGAGUCCUCCUCCUCUCUCUCUCGCUCUAUCUUUGCCGUUUCGAAUCAAAGUCGUUUCUUUUACCGCAGAUAUGUCGAAGAAGAUCAUCCUGAAGAGUUCCGACGGCGAAUCGUUCGAGGUCGAUGAAGCGGUUGCGCUCGAGUCGCAGACGAUCAAGCACAUGGUCGAAGACGACUGCGUCGCUGACGGGAUCCCUCUUCCGAACGUCACGAGUGUCAUCCUCGCUAAGGUAAUCGAGUACUGCAAGAAGCACGUCGACGCCGCCGCCGAAGCUGAGGCCGGAGACAAGGAUAUCUACGGUAACACCGAGGACACCGAGCUCAAGAAGUGGGAUACCGAGUUCGUCAAUGUUGAUCAGCCUACGCUCUUCGAUCUCAUCUUGGCUGCUAACUAUCUGAACAUCAGUGGACUUCUUGACUUGACGUGCAAGACUGUGGCGGAUAUGAUGGUAGGCAAGACUCCAGAGCAGAUGCGCGCCCACUUCAACAUCAAGAACGACUACACGAAGGAGGAAGAAGAAGAGGUUCGCAAGGAGCAUGCAUGGGCCUUCGAGUGACUUAUGAUCUCUCCUGGUGUUUGUUUUAGGAUUGUCUUCUAUUAGAUGUCUUCUUUCUUUUUCUCUUUUGGUUUGAAGUUUCAUCAUCUGUGUACGAACCCCUAAUGGCUUUGUUCUACUGACAAGUUCUGUUGGUUUUUUUUUAGAUCAUAAAGUUUGUGUCUUUUUGCUU